AUGUCUCUCCAGAGUAGUGGUAAUGAGUUUAACACUGAUCUUCAAUUAGCUGCUGCCGGGCAGCGGCAACUCUUCCUGGUGUCCAAACAGGAAACAACAGAAAUAAAAUACAUCAAAAUAAAUGGACAUGACAAUUUAGCCACUCAGCAAGCGCUCCCAUCCAGAGCUACCCACAACGAGAGCAUUCAUCAGCAAGCGCUCCCAUCCAGAGCUACCCACAACGAGAGCAUUCAUCAGCAAGCGCUCCCAUCCAGAGCUACCCACAACGAGAGCAUUCAUCAGCAAGCGCUCCCAUCCAGAGCUACCCACAACGAGAGCAUUCAUCAGCAAGCGCUCCCAUCCAGAGCUACCCACAACGAGAGCAUUCAUCAGCAAGCGCUCCCAUCCAGAGCUACCCACAACGAGAGCAUUCAUCAGCAAGCGCUCCCAUCCAGAGCUACCCACAACGAGAGCAUUCAUCAGCAAGCGCUCCCAUCCAGAGCUACCCACAACGAGAGCAUUCAUCAGCAAGCGCUCCCAUCCAGAGCUACCCACAACGAGAGCAUUCAUCAGCAAGCGCUCCCAUCCAGAGCUACCCACAACGAGAGCAUUCAUCAGCAAGCGCUCCCAUCCAGAGCUACCCACAACGAGAGCAUUCAUCAGCAAGCGCUCCCAUCCAGAGCUACCCACAACGAGAGCAUUCAUCAGCAAGCGCUCCCAUCCAGAGCUACCCACAACGAGAGCAUUCAUCAGCAAGCGCUCCCAUCCAGAGCUACCCACAACGAGAGCAUUCAUCAGCAAGCGCUCCCAUCCAGAGCUACCCACAACGAGAGCAUUCAUCAGCAAGCGCUCCCAUCCAGAGCUACCCACAACGAGAGCAUUCAUCAGCAAGCGCUCCCAUCCAGAGCUACCCACAACGAGAGCAUUCAUCAGCAAGCGCUCCCAUCCAGAGCUACCCACAACGAGAGCAUUCAUCAGCAAGCGCUCCCAUCCAGAGCUACCCACAACGAGAGCAUUCAUCAGCAAGCGCUCCCAUCCAGAGCUACCCACAACGAGAGCAUUCAUCAGCAAGCGCUCCCAUCCAGAGCUACCCACAACGAGAGCAUUCAUCAGCAAGCGCUCCCAUCCAGAGCUACCCACAACGAGAGCAUUCAUCAGCAAGCGCUCCCAUCCAGAGCUACCCACAACGAGAGCAUUCAUCAGCAAGCGCUCCCAUCCAGAGCUACCCACAACGAGAGCAUUCAUCAGCAAGCGCUCCCAUCCAGAGCUACCCACAACGAGAGCAUUCAUCAGCAAGCGCUCCCAUCCAGAGCUACCCACAACGAGAGCAUUCAUCAGCAAGCGCUCCCAUCCAGAGCUACCCACAACGAGAGCAUUCAUCAGCAAGCGCUCCCAUCCAGAGCUACCCACAACGAGAGCAUUCAUCAGCAAGCGCUCCCAUCCAGAGCUACCCACAACGAGAGCAUUCAUCAGCAAGCGCUCCCAUCCAGAGCUACUCACAACGAGAGCAUUCAUCAGCAAGCGCUCCCAUCCAGAGCUACCCACAACGAGAGCAUUCAUCAGCAAGCGCUCCCAUCCAGAGCUACCCACAACGAGAGCAUUCAUCAGCAAGCGCUCCCAUCCAGAGCUACCCACAACGAGAGCAUUCAUCAGCAAGCGCUCCCAUCCAGAGCUACCCACAACGAGAGCAUUCAUCAGCAAGCGCUCCCAUCCAGAGCUACCCACAACGAGAGCAUUCAUCAGCAAGCGCUCCCAUCCAGAGCUACCCACAACGAGAGCAUUCAUCAGCAAGCGCUCCCAUCCAGAGCUACCCACAACGAGAGCAUUCAUCAGCAAGCGCUCCCAUCCAGAGCUACCCACAACGAGAGCAUUCAUCAGCAAGCGCUCCCAUCCAGAGCUACCCACAACGAGAGCAUUCAUCACCAAGCGCUCCCAUCCAGAGCUACCCACAACGAGAGCAUUCAUCAGCAAGCGCUCCCAUCCAGAGCUACCCACAACGAGAGCAUUCAUCUGGAGAUAGCCAUGCUAGACAACCACAUAUUAAAGUUGUAUCCUAACCAUAAUGAACGCAAGAGUCUCGGGGUCGAGGAACAACAAGUGCACUCCAUGAGUAACAGCGGGCGCUGCAAGGUUUGUGUAGAAAGUCGCAUGGAGACAGAGAUAAGAGAGAGCGGAAAGAGAGGACACAAGUAG